GCAAAGGGCAGCGGCGCACCGACAGGAGACGCCUUGCCUUAACACGUCACUGGUGCUCCAAAAACGCUGGUGUUGUUUUCUAGCCGGCUUUAAUUGAAAGCGAUAAUAUUUGCUUAUAAUUGAAUCGGUAUUCAACGUUGCGACAAGACCAUCACAGAACGCUCGUCCUUAAGAGCAGCAGUCGCUUCGCUUCCAUUACAAAACGCACCCACGCCACCCACGGUUUAUAAGAACCUGCAAAAAUGGCCUAUCCAGGAUAUCCACCUCAGCAUCCAUACCCAAAUCCUAACGACAUGCCACCUUAUCCUUCCCAGGGAGGAUACCCUGGUGGACCACCACCUACGGGUUUUAACCCAAUGUACCCUUCUCAAGGGGUUGGACCUUAUCCUGCUUACCCUCCUGCGGUGCCAGGUUAUCCACCUGCCGGCGCCCCAGGUUACCCUCCGGCGGGAUAUCCUCCAGCAGGCUAUCCUCCGGCAGGCUAUCCUCCGGCGGGUUACCAACAGGCAGGCUAUCCUCCACCUCAGGGGUAUCCUCCCACUUCCGCUCCUUUCCCAGGUGGCACCCCCGCAGCAGAGUACCAACAAGCUCCCGUCUAUGGGGGUGCUGCUCCUCCUCAUGCUGGUGCUGCACCAACUGCUAGUGCAAAGCAGUUUACUCCAACCGUCCGUCCAAAACAGCCAUAUGGCCCAGCUGAUGAAGAGGCUGAUGCCGCUGCCCUGCGAAAGGCCAUGAAGGGAUUCGGAACAGAUGAAAAAGCCAUCAUUGCUGUUUUGGCAAAUCGCUCCAACCAGCAGCGCCAGUUGAUUGCAAAUAAAUUCAUAUCUCUUUAUGAAAAAGAUUUGGUGGAAGAAUUGAAGAGUGAAUUGGGUGUCAGUGACGUAACUUCAAAGUCCGGGGCCCUCGGACUCGCCUAUACAGUAGGCAACGUCUUGACAAAUGUGCCUAAAGCAGUGGCUUUGGUGGGCCCUUUGACCCCGUUGGCCCUCGCACCAGUCCUACCUGCUGUGGCUAUGGGAGUUACGUCACUUGCGUACCUGUUGGGUGGAAAUUUUGGGGACGUGGUCGUGGCUUGCAUGACUCCACUUGAUCAGUUUUUCGCAAAAAUGCUGCACCACACCAUAUCUGGAUUGGGCACUAAAGAGGACAUUUUGAUUGAGGUUUUGUGCUCCCUCAACAACGCAUGGAUUCACGCCAUUAAGAACUCUUACCUGGAAUUGUACGGCAAUGAUCUUGAGUCGGACAUCAAGGGAGACACUUCUGGCUGCUUUGAGCGGCUUCUCAUAUCCCUUUGCCAAGGAAUGAGGGAUGAAAAUCCCGACGUAGAUCCUGAUCUUGUGGCAGCGGAUGUAUCCGCUCUUUUUGAAGCUGCCCAGAAUAAUACAAUUGGCACUGACGAUGAUUCCACCUUCAACGCCAUUCUGACCAGCCGAAGCCUGCCUCACCUUAGGGAGGUCUUUGAUCAGUAUCACCAAACGCAUGGAGUGCCCUUCGAAAAGGUUAUCAAGGACGAGUUCUCCGGAUCCACGGAGAUAGCUGCCAUCGUUAAGUGCAUGACCGACUGCUCAAAUUUCUUUGCCGAGCGCCUCUACAACAGCAUGGCGGGAGCGGGCACUAAGGACAGAGACCUGAUCAGGGUCAUUGUCUCGAGGUCUGAGUUUGACCUGGGUGACAUAAAAGUUGCUUUCGAACAGAAAUAUGGGAAGAGUCUUGAGAGUUUCAUCGAGGGUGAUUGCUCUGGAGACUACAAGAGAAUCUUAAUCGCGUUGGUUUCAGAUUGAAAUGAUUAAUCUGAUGCAAUACACAUUGUAGCUUCCAUCUGAAAUUACUUUUAUUAAUUGGGUUUUUCAUUUAAAUUGUACUUCACGGCAGUUUAUAUAAUAAACACAUUUGAAAAUUAGAAUAUUAGCGUUCGAGCCUGACACUGAUACUAACCCCAAAAUGGUGA